GGAAGUCCAGGGCUCUAGUUCGUCAUUUCCUUCAGCGAGCCGUGCUGAACGGUUCAUUUUUUCCUUGGGUCCGCCGAGCUUGCAGCAUGAAAGAGGUAAAGAGCGAACGCGAGCGAGAGAGCCGGCGAAGGCACCGUGACGGGGACAUGGGGUUGCCAGCGGCAGCCGUAGUGGUUAAGCAGGAACGCCUCAGCCCAGAUCCCGCUCCUGCGGUCCACCGUCGACCAGACAUUUCCGGCGGUAGCCCUUCGCCGCCGGCCGGAGAGCCCGGCCGCCCUGGCCACCGCAGCAGAGCCCGAGGAGGUAGCCGGUCCCCGGCCAAAAAGAAAAGCAAAAAAAGAAGCAAAUCUCCUCGGAGUAAGAGAAGCCGAAGUCCUCAUCACUCAACAGUCAAAGUGAAAGAGGAACGUGAGGAUCACCCCCGGAGAGGACGGGAGGAUCGGCAGCACCGUGAACCAUCUAAUCAGGAACACAAAAGGGCUAGGAACAGUGACCGAGGCAGACACCGGGGUCAUUCCCGCCAAAGGAGAAGCUCUGGUGAGAGGCCUGGGAGUGGGCCGCCUCAGGGACGGGAGCGAGACAGCCAGAACCUACAGGCUCAGGAAGAAGAGCGAGAGUUCUACAACGCCAGACGACGGGAGCACCGCCAGAAGAGGGAGGGCAGCGGAAAUGGUAGUGGUGCUCAGGAGUUGGUACCUCGGCCUGGGGGCAACAGUAAAGACAAAGAGGUGCCUGUGAAGGAAAAACCAAGCUUUGAACUCUCUGGGGCUCUUCUUGAGGAUACUAACACCUUUCGGGGUGUAGUCAUUAAAUACAGCGAGCCCCCAGAAGCACGUAUCCCCAAAAAACGGUGGCGUCUCUACCCCUUUAAAAAUGAUGAAGUACUCCCUGUCAUGUACAUCCAUCGACAAAGUGCUUACCUUUUGGGUCGGCACCGCCGGAUCGCCGACAUUCCUAUCGAUCAUCCGUCGUGUUCAAAGCAGCAUGCAGUCUUUCAGUAUCGGCUUGUGGAAUACACUCGCGCUGAUGGUACUGUUGGCCGGAGGGUGAAGCCCUACAUCAUUGACUUGGGCUCAGGCAAUGGAACUUUCUUAAACAAUAAGCGAAUUGAGCCACAGAGAUACUAUGAACUAAAAGAAAAGGAUGUACUUAAAUUUGGAUUCAGCAGCAGAGAGUAUGUCCUACUACAUGAGUCAUCAGAUACCUCUGAACUAGACAGGAAGGAAGAUGAGGACGACUACGAGGAGGAAGUAGUUUCUGACAGCUAGCAGACUAAGAACCCGAACUACUUUCUUUCUUGGAACACCUUGGGAUUGACUCAGAGAGCACUGUGCUGCGCCUCUUACUGCCUUAAGUCUUCUUUUGCCAGACAGCUUACAUUAUAGUUGAAGAACACUGACUUACGUUUCGUUGAACUUUCUCUGUGGCACAUCGGCCACAUGCCUGUGGGUAUUUGUUUUCAGAUCUGCUCCUGAGGAAACUAAACCCUUGCUUAAAAGGGAAUUGUGGCUUGUUUUCUUUGUACAGUUACUUUAUUUAUAUAGUUACUAAGUUUUGUGGACCAAGAGGUUUUGUUUUUGCGGGGCAAACCCCUGAGUAGAGAAUCUUACUAAGCUUUGGUGGUCACCAGAACAGCCUCCAGCACAUACCAAAGCUUCAACCUGGUGAAGCUCUUGAGUCAUACAAGUUGAUUUUGCACUUAGUUUUUGGUUUUCGCUUUGAGUUUCUUGGGGGUGGCUACCGUAUGACCUCAUUAUUGACUGUUAAAUGGAUGCUUUGUGGCACCUGCCGAAGCACAUGACUAUAUAGGAAGAUCAUGGCUAAUAACAGCGCAUGCUGACUUAAUAUCAUGAGAGGCAGAAAUGCAUUGUGGAUCUGCUUCCUAUGAGAAAAUUUCUGAUUUCUCCGUGGAACAUGUACAUAACAAUUUUCAUCAUCUUGUCUUCAGUUUUACAUUUUUAUUCAAACUUUUUUUUUUCUUUCAGAACUACGCUGUCACUUACCUGACAGGGUCCUUGCUUUAUUCUAACAGCAUGUAUAUAUGUCUAAAGAAGGUUAUGUAGUUUACAUGUUUCAUCUUUAAAAAAUUGUUCAGAGAGGUAUUUACCUCCAGAAGCUGGAAAGCAAGGGGACUGCCCAGUUUCCUAGUUUUCACUAUAGGACAGUAAGUAGAAAAGUAUUAACUACUUACAUAAAAUACUAUGUAUAUAUACACGUAUAUAUAAACUGUGUUAAAAGAGCUGCAUACUGAUUUUCAUAUAAUGUUUUGUGAAAAAAAUGUAAUACCACAUGGCCUCCCUGCAUUUGAAGAGCAGGUUUUCAUUUAUAUGUAUUUUUGAGAUAAAAAUAAAAUUUGUAAAUAUAGACCCA